AUGGAGGCCUCCAUUCGAGAUCCGAACAUCAAAAACUUUGUUCGGCUGCUCCAGUGCGCGUCCCGCUUUGGCGAUGAGCUGUGUAUGCACGCAACCAAGGAUUCUUGGGAGCUCUCUGUGACCAACUCGUCCAAAUCGGCGUUCUGCUUGUUCACCCUCAAGCCGUCGUUCUUCUCGCGAUACAAGGCGACCGGCACACCUGACCAGCAGCGCCGGGGUGUCAAGUGCCAGCUGUAUGCCAAGUCUGUUCUCAGUGUCCUGGGUAAAGCGUCCAGCGUCAACACCGUCGACCGCGUCGACCUCAAGAUUAUCGAUCCGGACGGCGGGCUGCGUGCAACUACCCAGCGAGAUGAAGAAGAGGAAGAGGAGGACGACAUCCGUGUGGCGGAACGCAGUGCGCAGCUUGAGAUGAAGCUGUUAUACCACCACAACAUUACAAAGAAGCACUUUCUCCACGUCCAGUCGUCCGACUUUUUGCGCGCCGUGGUGGACCCAGACUCGACACCGUCUGGUUUCCAAAUAUCCGCCAGGACACUACGUGACUGGCUCGACCACUUCAACAUUGCCUUUUCGUCCGCCACCUCCGCCAACGGCGCCGUCCGUGGCGAUUCUCAGCUCGCUUGGCGGUUUGGACAGACUGAAGUCCAAGUCAAGAACUUUGAGAAUGCCAGUACGAGCGCGCUGUCGACGGAAAUCAAGAUUGACGUUGCCGAGUUUGAAGACUACGAGGUCUUGGCUGAGGCUGGGCAUGUGGAUCUUGCACUGCCGAUGCGCGAGUUCAAGGCCACCCUCCAGCUAGCGGAGCAGUUCGGAAUGGACCUUGACUUCUUCUUCUCCGAAGCAACCCAGCCUCUGACCAUCAGCUCGAGAUACAUGGGCCUCGACCGAUACAGCAACGAGUCGGAACUCUUUUCCAUCUUCUGCGUCAUUGCCACCACCACAUGCGAGGCCUUUGCCAACGUUCCCGCAUCCGCACCCGUGGCGGUGAAUGGCAGCCGCGCAGACCGUAGCGAGAGCGUCAAGGUCAAGCCCGAGCCAGGUGUUCCCGGAUCAGUCCGGAAGCGCCGAGCACCAGACGGCAGUGGACGCGCAGGAUCAUCAAGACCCCCGCGUGCCAGUCUUAGCCUGUCUGCCCAGCCACCGCCAAUGGUCACUGUCGUCGGCACCGCUGCUGCUGCUGUUGCGUCCCAGGCCAUGUCCCAAGCGGCCAUGUCCCAGGCUGCCAUGUCCCAAAGCGACAUGUCCCAAGGUCCCAGCCGCACCAGGAACCCCAACGCCGAACCACUCUUCCUCCCUUCACAGACACAACGCAUGACCCAACAGGAGGUCCUGGACAUGGCUGGCAUGGGCGACAUUGACCUCGAGGCAAUGAUGGAUGACGCAGACGCCGAGGAUGCCGAGGAGAGCAGGCUUGAGAGUGGCGCGCCUGCAGACUGGGACGAGGUCGAGUUCCAGAACCUCCGGGCUGACCUCAUGUCCACGCAACAGAACACCGAUCCCGGGACGUCACAGCGUAUCGUCUCACCACUUCGCCGUCAAACACAGGCGAUCGAUCUCUCAGAUACAGAGUUUGAGCCCAACACGGACAUUUUUGGCGACACGACAAGCAUAUCGCCCGUCAAGACCCAACGCCGCUCGAGGUCGAGGUCAAAGUCGCGUCAAAGGGAGCGGUCAAGGUCGCGUACUCAGGAGAAUUCUCCUCCUCCUGGCAUGGAUGCCAGGGAGGAAUUGGACGAUGAUGACGAGUUUGAGGCUGAUGAGUUUGAUCCUACACAGCCGUCUGGUCGAAAGUUUGAGUCCUUCUUCACGGACUGA